AUGGUAGUUAUCACAGAUGAGUGGCAGAAAGCUCUAUAUGCAAUUGGUGGUUCAGAGGUGAAGAAGUGGUCUCUGCAGCUUAGACGUUCUGUUCCUGACGGGAUGCCUACCAAUAGUAAUGGAACUUCAAUGCAGCAACAAGAAAUGACUUUAUUACAAGAGAGAACACUUCCAUCUUCGCCUAGUCCUCUGUACAGUCCUCACUCAAAGUCUUCGACAUUCAUGAAAAGUGGUUUGGGACAACCUUCAAACAGAAAGCAACUGAUGGGAGGAGUGGAUAGCUCGAGAGGUUUGCUUCAGUGGGUGCAAAGUAUCAGUUUUAUCUCACUAUCAGUUGACCAUUCUCUACAGCUGGUCUUCCAGGCAGAUUCAUUAGCUUCUGGGUCAACUCAGAGCAAUGGUUUUCUAAACCAGCCAAGUUAUCUUGAAGGAUAUACUCCCGUAAGAUCCCUUGGUUUGACAUCUGCUUCCUAUGUUCUAAUUCCGUCACCCAGCAUACGUUUUCUCCCUCCUGCACCUCUUCAGCUCCCUACAUGCCUUACCGCUGAGUCCCCACCCCUAGCUCACCUUCUACACAGUAAAGGCUCUGCUAUUCCCCUUUGUACUGGUUUUGUGGUUUCAAAAGCUGUUCCGUCAAUGAGGAAAGAUUCUAGGAGCAUCUCGAAAGAAGAAUGGCCUUCUAUACUUUCCGUGAGUCUUGUUGAUUAUUAUGGAGGUAAUAACAUGGCCCAAGAUAAAAUUGUGAAGGGCAUGGGGAAAUUGGGAGGAAGGGGCUUAAGUUCAGAAGCUAGGGAAUUUGAAUUAGAGACUCAUCUAGUUCUCGAGUCUGUGGCAGCAGAACUUCAUGCUUUAUCAUGGAUGACCGUAAGUCCUGCAUACUUGGAAAGGAGAUCUGCAUUGCCAUUUCACUGCGACAUGGUUCUGAGACUUAGAAGGCUUCUUCACUUUGCUGAUAAGGAGUUAUCUCGACAGCCAGAGGAGUCACCGUCAUAGAAUCGAAGAGUUUUGGAUUACUGAGGUAUUUCCCAUGGUAACAUUCAGUUGUUUUCUAUUUGCUUGUGUCAAACUCAUAAUCCAUUUAGUGUUAAGAUGUGGCUUUUGCACAUAUGUUUGAAGCCUGUUAAGUAGUAGGUUUAUUCUUUCGCAUUUCUGAUGGUAGAGCAGACGGUCGGGUUAGAAAAAUUAGCUUUCAGUGUAAUACUAGGAGAGCAGAUGACAAACUUUGUAUAUAGUAUUUGGGACGACUGCAUUAGAAUUGUUCUUUUUGGUAGAUUUUAUAUUGAAUGUAUAAUGUCAUUGUGAAUUGUUUUCC